UUUUAACUCCAUCGCGGUUCGCUUGGUUUUUACUCGUCCGUCUCAUCGACAAUCAGAAGUAUGGCCUCUGUUGGAGUCUAUUGUAUUCUAGUGUUUUUUAUGCUCCUCUUGGGGGAUAUAAACCCAGUUUGCGGAAUCCUGGAGAAAAAGGUGGGCGACUGGCAAAUGAUUUACCGGGCGCGGAGUAGGAAUGGUCAAUCCGUGGUGAACAGCUAUAUGAAACAGGGCGUGGCAAGCGAACAGACUGAAACAAACACUGAUUGUGUUUCUGUUAAUAGGCGGGACCAAUGCAGUACUAAUUACCGACACAGUAUGAUCGACAGAUGGGACAGUUCAGGAGUUCAAAAGGUAAGACUUGAACUAUACAAGGAAGGAGAACUGGUGGCACAUGUUGUAUUUAACGGCAAGUCCACCACAUCGACCAGCUGGUUCAGUAAGGAAAACGUGCUUUCCUCAAACUGGAUCGACCUCAAGGAGUCAAACUAUGAAAAGGGAAACCAUUUCUCGUUUUUUGGAUACAGAGACAACGACAUCGACCGUCGCCUGUACAUCAACAAGGAAUGGAAGAGAGGCUGCGGCUCGCACAAGGGUUGGAUGGUGGUUGUCGAGGGAAUGACCCGUGGUAACGGUUGUAACUAUGAGGUGUCCUCAUCGUACCCUGUCUUCCUCUACAUUCCACAUACAUACGCUGACUUCUUCGAUGACUACAAACGUGAAGCAGAUGUAUUGGUCAUCUCCGUGAUAGCAAACCGAGUGAACGCCGUGUAGGUGGACCUUCAUCCGGAUGUUACACUACCCAAAAGUGGACAUAAUCUAGCUGGAAACAUAAUCUGGUGCUAUAUCCAGUCAUUUCAAACUCUCUUGUCCCCCUAAUGGGUUGAGUUAUAAAAAUCUUCGUCACUAACAUUUACGUAAUAUACUUCAAAUUACUUUUGUAUCACAAUAGUAUAUUCAUAAUAUACCAGUUCUAUUGAUCAGUAAACAGAUGACUGUAUCAAAUCAUACUUAUAUAGUCAGAUUGGCAACAAAACGUGUUUUAUUUCAUUGAUAAGUAAAGCAUGCUCAGGUUUUUCAUGACUAAAUGGGAUUCAAAAACAACCAUAUACAUGUACUACACAAUAGAAAGUAUACUUAUUUAGGACACGCACUGUCACCACAUAAUUUGUAAUAACGACACAGUUUGUAAUAGAAUUUCAAAGUCAUUUUAACCGGAUAAAUCCUUUGUUCAUGUUUUUACCUGAUGUUUUAAAACAAAAUCUUAUUUUAAACGACAUUUGAAAAGUAAUUUCAAUUUGCGUAGAGUUGCACGGGCACAUCAACGCAAUUUAUAAAACAAAAUCAAAGUAUUUUAAGCGGAUAAAUUGCCACCAGGUGUAAAGUGCAAAGUGAUAUUUUUGUCAGGUAAAUGAUACACAGUUUGAGGAUGUCUGUUUAAUUUGUACAGAUAAAACCAGACGGAACUGAA